AUGUCUUCACUCGAUACCUCACACGAUGAUAUCCAUCACGACAAACCAUACGUGCAACACGUCGCCGGUGGACCCGAUCUCUCCCGUCAGAUAACUCUUCAACUAAACACCGAUCAAUACGAACGACUAUUCUUCCAGCCCUCGUCCGCCAAAGGUGAUCUCGUCAAACGACUCGGAAACCCCACCCUCCUCGGGCUCCUCGGCUUCCUCGUCCCCUUCUCCUCCACCGUCUUCUCACUCCUCACCUUCCAAGGCUCCUCCACCUCCUCCCUCGUCUCCAUCAGCGGAACCUUCUACAUGUUCGGCGGCAUCGCCAUGAUCAUCGCCGGCAUCUGCGAAUUCGUCCUCGGCAACUCCUUCCCCUUUUCCGUCUUCAUAAUCUUCGGCGUGCACUGGGUCUACAACGGAUAUAUCAACGAUCCCCUGCACGGCGUGGCCGCCUCCUACGCUACAACCGUCAACGGCGUCGCGGUGCCCGGUGCUCUGAGUCAGGAAUACAAUGCCGGACAGGGCAAUUACGCCGUCGUCAUGGCACUCGUGUGUUUCGUCUUCCUCUGCGCCAGUCUGAGAACUAAUGUCCCGUUUGUAAUCGUAUUCUUCACAUUGAUAUUCGUCUUUGGCUUUUUCGCCGGCGGGUACUACCAAUUGGGAUACAAUCCCUCGGAAGCAGGCUUGGAGAAUGCAGCGCACAUGUUUAAGAUUGCGGGCGGAUUUGGAUUCGUGACUAUAAUAAUGGGAUGGUAUCUGGCCGUCAUCACGUCGUGUGCUUCGACGGGCGUACCAUGCCCAUUACCGAUCUUUGACUUGAGUUCCAAGGUUUUUUUCCGCAAUAGGGAAGCUGCAAAGACAGAACAUGCGGGUGCUGUCAGGACUGAUAUGGUUUAG